UUGUAAGAUCAGAUGAGAUUGGGCAUUCUCAGGGUGGAAUGGCCAUGGGCUUGUUUUGCUUUGCUUGCGUAUGUUUCUUUUGCUUUCCCUAUUAAACUGUCUUUACCUCAACCCAUGAGUUUUCUAGCCUUUACCCUUCCAAUUCUCUCCCGGUCCUGCUGGUGUGGGAGUGGCUGUGUGGUACUUGGCUGCUGGCUGGGGUUAAACCACAACACUGUUUUAGAAACACAACCUGGAAAGUCAAGGAAGAGGAGUGGUCUCUGCAAGGUAGUGGCUCGAAUUUAUGAAGCUUUGCUUUGAAAUGGGUAAUGACCCAGUUUAGAGCUUUUGGGUAAGGUACAGAGGUCAUAGCAGUGUGGGUGACAUCAUGGUGGAUGUCUGCUUCAGACUGCCUGAUGAAGUAGAGGAAGUAGAUGAAGUCUUCUUAGAGGUCUGAGGAAGCCCCAUGGUCACAGGUCCUGGUAUUCAUGGAGCUCUUGAACCACCCUGAAACCUGCUGGCAGCAUGUCAGGGCAUAAACAACCCAGGAAAUUUCUGGAGAACAUCAAAGAUGAUUUUUUUGAUAUGAGUGUUGGUCAAACCAACUAGAGGUGAUCUCUGCUGGACUUGCUAUCAGUAGCAGUCUUGAACAGCUGCCUUGGUGGAAGAGGUCAUGAGAUUGUGGAAUUUAAGAUCAAGACAGACAAGAAGGAUGAGUAGUAGAAUGACAGUAUUUGGGUUUAGGAAAGAAGAUUUUUGUUUUGUUUUUUUAUGGAGCUGUUUGGUAGCAAAAGGCUGUGGAAAAGCUGGUUGAUCUUCAAAGAAAAGCUCUUCAAAGUGGGAAGUUCUUCCUGUUAACUGGAAAAAGACAAAUCACUCAUCUUCAAAAAAGGCAAGCAGGAUUUGUGGAACUACAAGUUGAUCAGCCUCACCUUGCUCCCCAGAAAACUACAGAGCAAAUCCUCAUGAGAGCCAUGAAAGACAGGAAGGUGAUUGAGAAAACACAGUGUGAAUUUUUCAAGGGCCAACCUGGACUGACUGUCCUGAUUGCUGCCUUUAAUGAGAUAGCUCUGCCUAUGGACAAGAAGGAAGCAGUGUGCUCCUGAGGUUUGACAAGGCUUUUUACAUGCUAUCCUUGUAGCCAUUUUGGAGAGAUGGAGUUUGAACUGGUGGAUGACAAGGUGGGUGGAAAACUGGAACAUGUGGCUCAGAAAGUAACAAUCAGCAGAACAAAGCUGAUCUGUUAAUGAUUUUUAGUGGCAACCCCCAUGAGUCAAUACAGGGGCAAAAAUUGAUGAUAUCUCUUUAACAGCUCAGGUGAUGGCGUGGAGUGCAGUCUUUGCCUAGCUGGCUGGAAAGCAGCUUUGCAGAAGGGGACGUGGGGGUGACAAGUUGUUUCUGAGUGAGCAGCGUGCCCUGCGGCAAGGAAGGACAGCACACCCCAGGCUGUGUGAACAUGAGUCUAGCCACCAGGCAGAGGGAGGUGUAUCUUCCUCUCUGUUAAGUCUUUGUGAGAUCACAGCAGGAGUCCUGUGCCCAGUUUUGGACUCCCCAAGUUGAGGAAGUCAUCAGUGUCUUGCAAGUCCAGUGGAGGGCUGCCCAGGUGACAAGAGAAAUGAAUAUCUUCUUGCAUAUUGUGGAUAUAUCUAAUCCCAAGGAAGUAUGGAAGUUUGCUGAAAAAUUCAGAAAUGAACAUAAAUUAAAUGUGUUGAUCAACAAUGCAGGAUGUAUGGUGAAUAACAGAGAGUUAACUGAAGAUGGACUUGAAAAAAACUUUGCAACAAACACUUUGGGUACAUACAUCCUGACAACUGCCCUACUGCCCCUCCUGGGAAAAGAAGCUGAUGCCAGAGUGAUAACUGUCUCUUCUGGGGGCAUGCUAGUUCAAAAAUUAAACAUAUCUGACUUGCAGUCGGAAAAUGGGACAUUUGAUGGAACUAUGGUGUAUGCACAGAACAAGAGACAGCAAGUUGUCUUGACGGAACGGUGGGCAAAAGCUCACAGAAACAUCCAUUUCUCCGUAAUGCACCCCGGCUGGGCAGACACUCCAGCCGUGAGGUCGUCAAUGCCAGACUUCUACGAGAGGAUGAAGAACUCCCUGCGCACAGAGGCCCAGGGAGCUGACACUGUGGUAUGGUUGGCAGUAUCAGCUGAGGCAAUCAAGUUACCGAGCGGCUUGUUCUUCCAAGACAGGCAGCCAGUUGCUACACACUUACCCCUGGCAAGCACCCACAGUCCACUGGAGGAUGAGGAGAAGCUAAUGGCAGUGCUGGAAGAGUUCUCCCAGAAUUUUAGAUCCAGUUCACCAGGAACUUAGUGUCACUCCUGACACAGUGUAACGAUAAAGCUUCUAAUUACACAGUAACACACCUGCUGUAGUACACCCCUGCUGUUGAGGGGAAGUAGGAUGCCAUAGGCCUGUUAAAAAUGAAUUGGGUUCAGGUGUUCUCAUAAUGGGGGAGAGCGGUUCCUGUGUCAUUUUUUUCUGCUGCCGAGUCUCUCCUACUGUGAAUAUGCACCUGCUGUCUCAAGACGCACUCAGGUUGUGUUCUUUGAAUUGGAAGAAAAAUUGGGAGGCAUUAAAAUAAAACCCAAGACUUCGUAAAGUUACCCAGAAUAAUUUAAAACAUUCAGCACAGAGAAAUGCAGAGGAGUGUUCUUUCAGUAGCCUUUGUGAAAGACUUCAGGAAAGAAGUGGGAAAUGUUUUAAACAACAUUUAACCGCUGUAUUUGACGGGUUGGUGGCGUCAUUCACUGCAUGAGGAUUGACUGGGCUCAAACCUAUAACUGGGAAUGCAGAAACUCUCUUGCAGUCUCUGCUUAGUUUAAAUAGAGGAAUUCCUCACGGCCUUCAGUUUCUAUAAAUCAGUGCUGCUAUGCAGAAAUGAUAUGCUUACUCAUGUUUAAACAGCAAGAAUUUAGGAACACUGACAAACGCCUUCCACAUUACUUUAUGGAGCCAGGGCUGAACAUUAUCCCAUUUAUGUUAAGAUACCAUGAAGUAGGAGGUUUCAACACAUAACAUACCCAGACAGGGCUGGAUCCAGCAGGGAAAUGGCUGUAUGACUGUCGUCAUGAAAAGAAAUAACACACUGAGCUGUAUAUGCUUGCCAUUUCUGCAAAAGAUUAAAGGGAAUUGCUAUAUCAUUAUGGAUGGAUUAAGAGGGGGAAAGGAACACUGUGGGGCACAGGUUUUAGAGGUUAAGUCCACCUCCUGAUGAGAGGGUUGUA